AUCGUGGACUUCCCGGUCACAUAGCGGCCUUUGCCGUCUCUUCUCUUCCCCACCACCCCCCCCCCCCCCCCCCCCCCCCCCCCCCCCCCCCCACACCCCGCUCUCUCUCUUCGAUCAGUUCGAUAAACAUCAUCUCUCUGUACAAAACCCUGCAUAGACAUCGAGAAACCCCAAAAUUGACCACGAUCCCUUCAUGUCUACCCCUCGUCGAUCAAACUAGAGAGGGAUAGAGAUAGAGCAAUCUGAGAAUCGCGAGGGAAUGGCGAUUCUAUACGCGGUGGUGGCGAGGGGGACGACGGUGCUGGCGGAGUUCAGCGCCGUGUCGGGGAACACCGGCGCCGUGGCGCGGAGGAUACUGGAGAAGCUGCCGUCGGAGGCCGAUUCGAGGCUCUGUUUCUCCCAGGACCGGUACAUAUUCCACAUACUCAGAUCCGACGGCCUCACCUUCCUCUGUAUGGCCAACGACACCUUUGGAAGGAGAAUCCCAUUUUCAUACUUGGAGGAUAUUCAUAUGAGGUUCAUGAAAAACUAUGGCAAAGUGGCACCCUAUGCUCCUGCUUAUGCCAUGAAUGAUGAAUUUUCUAGGGUCUUGCAUCAGCAAAUGGAAUUUUUCUCCAGUAACCCAAGUGCUGAUACUCUCAAUCGUGUGAGAGGUGAAGUUAAUGAGGUACGCACUAUCAUGGUGGAUAACAUUGAGAAGAUACUGGAAAGGGGUGACCGAAUUGAGCUUCUUGUCGACAAAACUGCAACAAUGCAAGAUGGUGCUUUUCAUUUUAAGAAACAGUCUAAGCGUCUCAGACGUGCUCUUUGGAUGAAAAAUGCCAAACUCUUGGCCGUGUUGACAUGCGUGAUUGUCGUGCUUCUGUACAUAAUAAUUGCUGCUUGUUGUGGGGGAAUCACUCUACCAUCCUGCCGAUCAUGAUUUCCAACUUUGCCACUGUUCAUUUCUGCUGAGACAUGCACGUUGGACUUGGAAAAUGAUUUGCGCCUGAUUAUUGUGUCCCUUGGCUGUCUCAUGGUCCAAGGUGUGUUUGAUCUAUAUUCUUUCCAUCUUUCAAAGGUCCCCUUAGGUUAUUUCGUCGAUUUUCUUAUUCUUGUUGCAGUAGUUGGGCGGUUAUUGUGGGAAGUCCGAUGAGUGUUUAUGAUAGUAUCGUACAUCAUCUCUGUAUUCUGUAGGUACUAGAAUUUUUCUUUUUGUUUUAUUGAUUGUGGUCUAAGCUCAGAUUCUGCCUUCUGUAAUAUGAUAUCAUAUGUAUGGCCAUAUAAGAGCAGCGAUAAUAUCAAGAUUUGAUUCAAUUUGUUGCCAA